AUGAUCACAUUGCAAACCGAUCCAGAAACCGGUGUUGACCACAACGUCCUACAUUUUGAGUGUAUGUGGCGACCAAAUGAGGAACCGGAAGGCGAACUUCGACCGUUCGUUCAUCCACGCAUACCCGUAUUCAAUGAUGUAUUAGGAUACUCCGAAAAGCCAAAGAAUAACAGAAUGGGGUUUCAUCCAUCGAUGAUCUUUGACAAGCACAAACUCCCUACCGAAACCCUUGCAGAAGGGAUAUCUGUAACCGUCGAUUUGCUCACACAAUCUGAAAAAGCUUAUAGUGUAUUGAUGGGUGAGCUCGACGCACGUCUUGAAAGGUGUGCACAUUUGAGGAACGAACUCGAAUCCAACGACAAGGCGAUCUCCAAAACAUCACACCCAUUUGCGGAGCGGCAUCCAGCUCUGGUCGCGCAGUACAAAGAAGAAAUAGCGAAAGCUUCUCAUGAGAACACUGAAAUAGACCAGAUAUUGAGAGCUUUAACUUGUUACAGGAUGAGUAUCCCUGUCACACUCAGGACCGCUUACUCUAAUCGCAGCCAUUUUCAGAAAAGGUCGACCGAAGAGUAUCUACAAACUGAGAUGUGUAGAGUUACCGUGAAGAGCGGGAGUAAGGAUGACUUACUGCGUAAAUGGAGAAACAGAUACAUAUCAACCAUUGAAAGGAAGGACGAUCGAUCACUACUCAGAUUGGCCGAGGCACAGUGCGCCAUGUAUACGAACGCAUCCGCCGCAGUAAAGCAAAAGGUCCUUGAUGAGAGUGCACAUUUGCAAGAGCAACUUAACCAGUCAAUUAGGACGGAAAUAAAGUCUCGAAGGGCAUUUGAGGAGGAGUUCAGAGCUAAAUAUGGAAAAGCUGAGGUGCCUCGGUCCGCCUCAGGAUGGGAUGAGCUAUUCUCGAAGUCUGAACAGUGGCGCAAAGACCGGGAAACUACUACGAGUAUCGAUCACACAAUUGAAAAAGGUAAAGGUGAUGUGGCAUCGGUCGUUUCCACUGAGGAGGACACUCAAACCGCUCCGUCAUCUAAUUCUCAAGGCACAUCCUUUGGAGUCCAAUUUCCUCGCUGGUCAAUGACAGAGCAACUCCCUCCGUUCGGUCAUUGUACAAAGGACUCCCCUACCGUCUACAGCAGUACAUUCGGCUACUAG